AUGGAUAAUGGAAAAAAUGUAACUGAAUUCAUUCUACUGGGGCUAACAGAGAAUCCAAAGAUGCAAAAAAUUGUUUUUGUUGUGUUUUUUAUAAUCUAUGCCAUUACAAUGGUAGGUAACAUACUUAUUGUCAUCACCAUCAACAUUAGUCCAACCCUGGGUUCCCCUAUGUACUUUUUCCUUGCCUACUUGUCCUUUAUAGAUGCCUGUUAUUCCUCUGUUAAUACACCUAAACUCAUUAUAGACUCACUUUAUGAAAAGAAAACCAUUUUCUUCAAUGGUUGUAUGACACAAGUGUUUGGUGAACAUUUCUUUGGAGGUGCUGAGGGCAUCCUACUCACUGUAAUGGCCUAUGACCGCUAUGUGGCAAUUUGCAAGCCUCUGCACUACAUGACCAUCAUGAAUUGGCGGGUACGUGGCAUCUUGGUUGGUGUGGUCUGGAUAGGAGGUUUACUCCAUGCAACUAUACAGAUGCUCUUCCUGAGCCAAUUACCCUUUUGUGGUCCCAAUGUCAUAGAUCAUUUUAUGUGUGACUUAAAUCCUUUGCUCACUCUUGCCUGCACUGACACUCAUACCCUUGGUUUAUUUGUUGCAGCCAACAGUGGUUUCAUUUGCUUCUUAAACUUCCUCCUGUUGAUGGUCUCCUAUGUUGUCAUUCUGUCCUCUCUGAAGACUCACAGUGUGGAGGGGAGACGCAAGGCCCUUUCCACCUGUGGUUCCCACAUCACUGUAGUUGUUCUAUUUUUUGUUCCUUGUAUUUUUGUCUAUAUGAGGCCUGCAACAACCUUUCCCAUUGAUAAAGCUGUUGCAGUCUUCUACACAAUUAUUACCCCCAUGUUAAACCCUUUAAUUUACACACUGAGAAAUACCCAAAUGAAAAAUGCCAUCAGGAAGUUAUGUAGCUGGAAUGAUACUAUUGCUAGCUAA